AGGCUCCGGGCAGAGGAAGUCAGCGCCGACCACGCCGGGCUGGGACUGGCUCGACAGACACUUCCAUGCAGUUUCUGAAGUCAGCAAAGCAGAAAUCAAAUUACUACCAUAUUAUACGGGUGGAAGCUCAAGGAGAAGGGACUUUACAUCAGCUUAAUUACUGUGAGAGAUGGAACCAGACACAGAACAGCGAAGUGUGUCUGACGUAUGGACCCUGAAGACAAAUGUAAGUUCUCAUGUUCUCAUGCUGCUGUAUUUUAUCGCUGUGUAAUUUUCUCUCUGGCUUGAAAUCAUGCUUGGAUAAAAUGUAAUCGUGUCAGUGAGCAUUUCUAGUGUGGAAAGUUGGCUGCUAAUCUUUGCUUAAGACUUCUUUUCUUUGAUUAACCAAGCAACAUAAAACAAGCUGAAAUUCCUGGCAGCUGCUGUGGCAAUUCAGCCCAAGACUGACUGAGAACUAUAACCCAAAGUACAUCCAAUUACUAUGGGAUUAACAUUGGAUGUAUUUUUAAUUGACUUUCUUAUUGUAGAAUGCUUUCAGCGCCACAGUUUUCGGAUAGCAUGCUGUUUUAGUCCUGGUGUAGCUAAGGUAGCCAUCAGCAUAACCACCAGAAUGAGAUACAGCUAACAGAUUCCUGGUAGUUACAAAACUUUUCUUUUUUGGCCAGGACCACAUUUUUCUCCCUGAAUGCUCAAAACUCUGCAACCUCUAUUCUAAAAGUUCAUUUGGCUUUUUUUACUGUACUUUGGAGAAAACAAUGAAAUCAAACAGUGGACUCUGCUAAAAUUGCAAAUCAGGAAGAUAUAAAGAGCCUUUGCACUUCUUUAACUACUAUUGUAACAAUGGGAGGGAAAACGCCAAGCCAAGGACCCCGGCACGUACACCAGUGUCAUUGUGACUGUGUGGAGACAUAGAGAUGGUUGGUGAGCAGAGCCUGUAACUUGCUAGUUUUUCUACACUUCAUCUGCUACAAGUUCCGACUUAGAAAUGGAUAUUCUUUGCGAAGAAAACACUUCUUUGAGUUCGACGACAAACUCCUUAAUGCAAUUAAAUGAUGACACAAGACUCUACAAUGACUUUAACUCUGGAGAAGCUAACACUUCAGAUGCAUUUAACUGGACAGUGGACUCGGAAAAUCGAACAAACCUUUCCUGUGAAGGCUGCCACUCGCCACCAUGCUUCUCCUUACUUCAUCUCCAGGAAAAAAACUGGUCUGCUUUGUUGACAGCUGUAGUGAUUAUUCUAACCAUUGCUGGAAACAUACUCGUCAUCAUGGCAGUAUCCCUAGAGAAAAAGCUGCAGAACGCCACCAACUAUUUCCUGAUGUCACUUGCCAUAGCUGAUAUGCUCCUGGGUUUCCUUGUCAUGCCUGUGUCCAUGUUAACCAUCCUGUAUGGAUACCGGUGGCCUCUGCCCAGCAAGCUCUGUGCUGUCUGGAUUUACCUGGAUGUGCUCUUCUCUACUGCCUCCAUCAUGCACCUCUGUGCCAUCUCCCUGGACCGCUACGUGGCCAUCCAGAACCCCAUUCAUCACAGCCGAUUCAACUCCAGAACUAAGGCAUUUCUAAAAAUAAUUGCUGUGUGGACCAUAUCAGUAGGUAUAUCCAUGCCAAUCCCUGUCUUUGGGCUACAGGAUGAUUCCAAGGUCUUUAAGGAGGGGAGUUGCUUACUCGCUGAUGAUAACUUUGUCCUGAUCGGCUCUUUCGUGUCAUUUUUCAUUCCCUUAACCAUCAUGGUGAUCACCUACUUUCUAACUAUCAAGUCACUCCAGAAAGAAGCUACCUUGUGCGUGAGUGAUCUUGGCAGCCGGGCCAAAUUAUCUUCUUUCAGCUUCCUCCCUCAGAGUUCUUUGUCUUCAGAAAAGCUCUUCCAGCGGUCGAUCCACAGGGAGCCCGGGUCCUAUGGCCGGAGGACUAUGCAGUCCAUCAGCAAUGAGCAAAAAGCCUGCAAGGUGCUAGGCAUCGUCUUCUUUCUGUUCGUGGUCAUGUGGUGCCCCUUCUUCAUCACGAACAUAAUGGCCGUCAUCUGCAAAGAGUCCUGCAACGAGGACGUCAUCGGAGCCCUGCUCAACGUGUUUGUUUGGAUCGGUUAUCUCUCCUCAGCCGUCAACCCGCUGGUGUACACACUGUUCAAUAAGACCUACAGGUCCGCUUUUUCACGAUAUAUUCACUGUCAGUACAAGGAAAAUAAAAAACCACUGCAGUUAAUUUUAGUGAACACUAUACCGGCCUUGGCCUACAAGUCCAGUCAACUCCAAGCGGGACAAAAAAAGAAUUCAAAGAAUGAGGCCAAGACAACAGAAAACGACUGUACUAUGGUUACUCUAGGAAAACAACAACAUUCAGAACAACAUUCAGAGGAUGCUCCUACAGACAGUGUCAACACAGUGAAUGAGAAGGUUAGCUGUGUGUGAUAGACUAGUUGCCAUGGCAACUGUAAAGGGCACAUUGAGCAAGUUUUCACCUAUCUGAAAAGAAAACGAAAUAGGGAGGCCGAAAAUAAAUUAAGUCAGUCUAGUGGAGCCAACAAUAAUAUCUAUAUGCCUCAUUUUAUUCUGUCAAUGAAAAGCAGGGUUAAAUGCCACAAAAUGUGCACUUCAAAAAUGUUCUGACAGCAUUUCAGCUGUGAGCUUUAUGAUACUUAUUUUUAACAUUGUAAAUGAUAUGUCUUUAAAAUAAUUAGCUUUUAUCAUAUAAUUAUAAGGAGGCCAUACAUAAGUUUAAAUUAACUUCUAUUUUCAAGUGGAAACCUUGCUACCAUAUGGUUAAUUGAUGGCAUGAGUUGGUUAUGUAUUGCUGUAAAUAAAAUAGCUAUAAAUAGUGAAAAAUUGGUUGCAUAUAAUGGCUUCCUAAGUAAAGAAAAAUUCUCUUUAAAACUUAUGAUACAUAUUUUGAAAAGCAAAAAAAAAAAAAGGCACUAAGGACAGUGUUAUGAAACCUGGAUUGCUAAGAUAAUUAAAUUAAAUACUUGACAACUUUUCAUACCUGCUUUUUCAUAAAUGCCAUUUUGAAAUAUUCAAAAAGUUGCUGGCAUUUGCUGCAUUUCAAGUUCAUUAUUCU